CCGCCUCCCCAGCUGGCCCGGGGCCCCGCCCCGCCCCGCCUGGCUAUAAAGGCCGCUCCCCGAGGUAGGGCUGUGAGUUCCGGUGUCCGUGUCUGGUUUGGGAUGCUGCCCUUCACGGACUGGGUGCUGGAGCUGCUGAGCAUGGAGCGGACCCCCGUCCAUGCUUACACCAUCUCUGCCCUGCUCCUUGCCCUGCUGGCCCUGCUCUUCCACACCCUCCUGCAGCUCGGGAACUCCUGGCACCGCUACUAUGUGAACUGCCAGCGGCUGCGCUGCUUUCCAGAGCCCCCGCGUCGCAAUUGGCUGCUGGGACACUUGGGAAUGUUCAUACCUGGUGAGGAGGGGCUGACCUUGGUGUCCCAAACAGUGGGUACAUUCUCCCAGGCCUUUGUGACAUGGAUGGGGCCCUUCCUACCAGUCUUGUCCCUGGUGCACCCUGACUACCUCAAGCCGAUCACAACAGCCUCAGCUGCCAUCGCGCCCAAGGACUACACGUUCUACGGCUUCCUGAAGCCCUGGCUGGGGGACGGUUUGUUGCUGAGCAAUGGUGCAAAAUGGGUGCGGCACCGGCGCAUGCUGACGCCAGCCUUCCACUUCGACAUCCUGAAGCCCUACGUGAAGAUCUUCAACCAGAGCACUGACAUCAUGCAUGCCAAGUGGCUCAGGCUGGUGGCAUCAGGCUCCACCUCCCUGGACAUGUUUGAACAGGUCAGCCUAAUGACACUGGACAGUCUGCAGAAAUGCGUCUUCAGCUACAACAGCAACUGCCAGGAGACGUCCAGUGACUACAUCGCGGCCAUCCUGGAGCUCAGCUCCCUGGUGGUGCGACGCCAGCACCGUCUGCUGCUGCACUGGGACUUCCUGUACCACCUGACGCCCGACGGGUGGCGCUUCCAGCGUGCCUGCAACACUGUGCACCGCUUCACAGCUGACGUGGUGCAGCGACGCCACCAGGCCCUGAACCGCCUGGGCAGGGAGGCCUGGCUCAAAUCCAAGCAGGGCAAGACAGUGGACUUCAUAGACAUCCUGCUCCUGGCCAAGGAUGAGGACGGCCAGGACCUGUCAGAGGAGGACAUCGCAGCCGAGGCCGACACCUUCAUGUUUGAGGGCCACGACACCACAGCCAGUGGCCUCUCCUGGGUGCUGUAUAACCUGGCCUGUCACCCCGAGUACCAGAAGCGCUGCCGCGAGGAGAUCAAGGACUUAAUGCGAGACAAGGAGUCAGAGGAGAUUGAAUGGGAGGACCUGUCCCAGAUGCCCUUCUCCACCAUGUGCAUCAAGGAGAGUCUGCGCCUGCACCCACCUGUCACGGCCGUGUCCCGGCGCUGCACUGAGGACAUCAAACUGCCCGACGGACGUGUCCUACCCAAAGGGAACAUCUGUCUGAUCAGUAUCUACGGGACACAUCACAAUCCUGCUGUCUGGCCGGAGCCCCAGGUAUCGCUGGUCACUCUGUUCAACCCUUAUCGCUUCGACCCAGAGAACUCCAAGAACAAGCCCCCACUGGCCUUCAUGCCCUUCUCUGCUGGACCCAGGAACUGCAUCGGGCAGAACUUCGCCAUGGCAGAGAUGAAGGUGGUGCUGGCACUGACGCUGCUGCGCUUCACCGUGCGGCUGGAUGAGAGCAGGCCUGUGCGGCGCAAACCCGAGUUGAUCCUGCGCAGUGAGAACGGGCUGUGGCUGCACCUGGAGCCACUGGGGCCCAGCUGUGAGAGCCGCCUCCCCGCACCGCGCUCCUAGGGCCAUCCACUCCCCCUGCUGUGGGAGAUCUAGCCUGCUCCACUCAGCUCAGGGGCCUGCCUUGUGGUGGACCAGGUGGAGAUCAUGGUGGGGCCAGACAUUAGCAGACACCUGGGAGUCAGCUCUCUCCUCUAAUCUAGAUCAGCCCUCUGUACCAAAGCAGGCACUGUGGCAUCUAGGCAUGGGGCCCCAAAGGUGCUGCAGGCUCCUUUCAGACACCAGCUGCUUAGCCCUGUCCCACCUGCCCCUGGGAGCAAGGGUGACAAGUUCCUUUCCCCAGCCCCGCUGGAUAUCCACGGCCACCUGGUGACUCAAUGUCAGAGCUAGAAAUAGAGCCCAGCAGCCUUUCUCCUGGCUCAGCCCACUCACAGCCUAGGUGACCCCCGUGGCCUGCGUUCCCUGCCCGCACUGGCCAGAGUCAGGGUGCCCAGCAGUUCGGCCGCUAGCCUAGGAUGUGGGAGACCCGUGUUCACUUCCCUGCUCUGCCACACAGGGAGCCUGUGGCAUUAGGCAAGUCACUCUGCCUCUGGCCCUCAACUCUCAUCAGUGCAAUGGGGCUAAUGGCCCUGCCCGUGGGGGCUGAGGGUAAAUGCAAUCAGGGGGUGAAGUGCCACAUAAUUAUGUUGGGCAUCUAAGACCACGUGGUCAAUCAUGCUAAAUGCUAUGGGCUCGUUAGUGGAUCAGCCCCUGUGUUCCCGCCAGCCCCCCGCACCCCGUGUCCUGAUGCUGCUUCCUGGAGUUGAGGGUCUGGUCUGUCUCUCACUCCCCUUCUCUGGAGGGUAGGAAUCUUCCCUCCCGCCCGCUCCCCCUCUGUCCUGCUCCACCUACUUCUGCACUCAGCAAUCCACCCAUCUGGUCUGGGGCAGGAACAGCUGAGAGGCCUGCGGACAGGUGGCUCAGUGCUCUGGCCUAUCUUCCUGAGAGGCCCCCAGGAGCCUGGGUGAGAGCUUCUGCCUUGGCCUGCUUUGGAUGGCUUUGAGGUGGGACAGCAAUCCAGGAGGCAGCUGCCUAGUAAUCGCAACCUGCUGGCUGCAGUCACCCAGAGGAGUUGGGGCAGGGAACCUGUAAAUGUGUGUCUUUUUUCCUCUCUCUCUCUCUGUAGUGCCCCAGGGGGCUGGCUGCAGACCCAGCAGGGACUCACUCUCUGCCACAGGGAAGUCAUGGUUCAAUGAGACAAACAGUGGUUGAGGGCAGGGAGGAGGGGGCUGAGUGUGGCCCCUGGGGUGGCUGGACCUGGAACUGGGGGACAGUUGGCCCCUGCUGCAGGGACAAGGCCAUGGGACUUUGGGUUCCGGCCUGGGGGUUUCAAGAUCUGGCCCUCAAAUCCAGUCACUGAGCUUUGGGUUCUGUCCCUCGUCCACAUGGUGGCAGGCUCCAGCCCUGGUCUCACUCCUCCCUCCCAUCUUUCUGGUCCCUGCUGCCUCCUCAGACGUCAACCGUAUGCUCUAUUCCUUGGCCGCAGGGCUCCAGGGCCCAGGAUCUGGCUAAGGGUCUUCUGGCUCUGGUUCCCAUCUGUGAGGCAGCGGGUGCUGGCCCCAGGCUCACCCACCUCCCAUUGACCCGGCCCACUCUGCCUGCUCCAGCCCUGGGCUUUGUCCACAUGCUCAAUCCCCGGCCACGAAGUUUCAAGCUCAGGCCACGGAAUCCGGCUGCAGGGUGUUCGGCACUCUGGCUCUUGGCCAUGCAGUGGCAGGUGCACGCCCCUAGCUCGCCCCCCACCUCCAUCACCUUUGGCCCCUGCUGCCACUCCCACUCCCCCCAUUGCCCUUGGCACCCACUGCCUCCGCCAGCUCCCUGUCCAUUCCCCCCACUGCCCUGGGGCUCCGCUGCCUCCAAACCCACCUCCCCAUCCAGGGCUUAAUUUGUCUCCAGG